AUGGCAAGUAUUUCCUUGUGUUUUGGCUCUAGUCCAUGCGUAAAGCCCUUAAUAUUUGCAUAUAGAUCAUCAUAUGCAUCCUAUGAUACGCGUUCACAUUCAGGGUCAGAAUCAGUGUCAGUCUCGAAGGGCAACAACUUCUAUGAAAUACUUUCUUUAAGUUCAAACAAAGUAGGGACUCAAGAAAUCAAAAGAGCUUAUAGAUCACUAGCUCUCAAGUACCAUCCUGAUGUUUCUCAUGAUCAAGACACAACCAAAAUGUUCAUUUUGUUGCAAACGGCAUACAAGACACUUGUGGAUCCAGUGUCGCGUGAAGAGUACGAUUGUGCACUCGGGUAUGGUGAACCCGGUCACCUUUGUGCUACUAGUUCUUCAUUUGGUGAUCAUGUUGAAGAAAGAAGGAGGUGGGAGGGUCAAAUUAUUGAGCUAAGAAGGAGAUCAAACUUUCGUUCUGAGCAUAGAGAGGGAUCAUGGGGAAGUAGAGUAAGGUAUGCUAAUGGACAAAGUGGAGAACCUAAUUGA